AUGUCGGUACCUAGAACAAAACCUUGGGAAGUAUCACUGGGAACUUCCGCCGCGGCUGCGUCCGGAGGGACAGCAGUAGGAGGCGCUGAACAGCACAGUCUUGGAGUAGGAUCCAGCAGUGCGACCGCUGGCGGUGCUAGUGGCGUCACAGAACUUCCAGAAAGACCAGUAGGAUUGGGGUCAGACCUCUCUUCUAUGUCUAACACAUCUCCCUACGGGGCCAGUGCAGGCUAUGGAGGGCUUUCCUCCACUGGAGGCUAUGGCUCUAGAUACGGGAACUCCAUGGGAGGAUACGGAUCGUCCAUGUAUGGAUCUGGUGGCUACGGUUCGUCCAUGUAUGGAUCUGGAGGAUAUGGUAGCAGUAUGUACGGAGGGGGAUACGGAUCGUCCAUGUACGGAGGGGGAUACGGAAUGAGUGGUGGAUAUGGUAUGGGUGGCUACGGCAGUAGCAUGUAUGGAGGUAUGAAUGGGAUGAACGGUGGUAUGGGCAUGAACGGUGGUCCUGGUGGAAUAGCUGAAGGAACACAAGCGACUUUCCAACUUAUAGAAUCCAUAAUUGGUGCUGUAGGAGGAUUUGCUCAAAUGUUGGAAGCAACAUACAUGGCUACGCACUCGUCGUUUUUCACUAUGGUAUCAUUAGCUGAGCAGUUCGGUAACUUGAAGAACGCCUUAGGUUCCCUUUUGGGUAUUUUUGCACUUAUAAAGUUUGCCAAACGGAUCUUGUACAAGCUCACCGGCCAGACAUAUAAUCAUGGCUUGAGCGCAGCGGAAUUCAGCAAGUUUGAGAAGACCCAAAAGAAAUUGGAAGAAAACAUCAGAAAGCAACAAUCAGGCAAACCAGCCAGAAUUUCCUUCAAGCCUUUGUUGCUCUUCUUGGCCGCUUCCAUCGGAUUUCCAUACUUACUCAGUAAGGCUAUCCAGAAGAUUGCAGAGCAGCAACGUAAAAAGCAAGAAAUGUUAGCUGCACAGGGUGGUGGAAUGCCUGGUAUUGGUGGUGGUGCAAGCGCUUUAGAUCCUGCUAACUUACAAUUUGCCAAGGCAUUAUAUGAGUUUAACCCAGAAAAUCCAAAUAUUGAAAUUGAGUUGAAGCCAAACGAAUUGGUUGCAAUCAUCUCCAAAUUAGAUCCUAUGGGUAACGAGAGUAAGUGGUGGAAAGUAAGAUCAAGACUGGGUAAAAUGGGUUACGUGCCUCUGAACUACUUGAGCAUUGUCGAGCGUAGACCCCCACAGAAGACAGUUGAAGCUCCAUUGCCAACUUCUGGUAUGGGAACCCCAUUACCUGCAAGCAUACCUGGAGGAAAAUCUGAAGAUUUUUCAACUGAAGCAUUCCAAAAAUUCCAAAAUUGA